GGGUUAUAUUAGGUUGGGUUAGGUUUUGGUUGGUUACUGAAGUGUCUUUUGUACGAUGUUACUUGUUUGCCAGGAGGUAAACAGAGGCCGGCAGAGCAGUGCUGCUGCGGCUGAGCAGUUAUAAAAGGUGUUAAAUACAGUAUGGCUACUAGACUUCCAGCAGCAGCUUUACGGGUGUCACUCACAAAACCAUGGCUCCAUCUGAAAGUGUUUGCAUCGGCACCUUUAAACUAUUUAAGUCGGGUCCCAGAACACUAUAAGAAGUUUUAUUGGGAGUGGAAAUGCACACAAAUGUCACCAGUCCAUUAUAUUCCGAAACCAGGGAAUUUUGAAAAGUUACCAACUGGGGAAGUGGUACCAGUGCAGAACGUUCCACUCCUACUCAGAAUCCCCAAAGAGCUUCAUCAGGGUAUAUGGGGUGGAGAGGCCAUCAUCAGGGGAUUCCAAAAGCGGAAAGAGACUAUAAGACGUGUUCCUCAUUAUUGGGUACCCUCAAUCAAGAUGUCAGUAGUAUAUUCAGAAAUUCUAGAUCGAUACAUGCGUCUUCAUGUGACUGAUAGAACACUCAAGCUAAUUGAUGAGAAAUAUGGAUUUGAUAAUUAUAUUUUGCAGACUCCUCCCGUUGACCUGAUGUCUGAGUUAGCACUCCGGCUGAGAAGAGAGAUGCUAUUGACAUUAGUCAGAGAGACACUAUAUCCUGAUAAUCCAGCCAAGAAGCAGGAAAUACUUGAGAAGUAUAAGGAUCAUAUAAUUCCUGAAGAGGAAGCUGAUUGGUAUGGUUUAAGCCUCAAAGAAGCUGCUGAUAAGCAGAAACUUAUCGAAGAAGAAGCUAACCGGCCUCAGCCUCUCAAGCAUUCUUUCAGAGCUGAGUUUAUUGAAUACUUGAUGAAUAAACAGCACGAAAGUGAGACUGAGAAACUAGAAGGACAAUCUGGUGCCGGGUGGCUCUCUCGUGUGAAUCCAUUUGCCAAGAAGUGAGAAACAUUGUGAAUUGUAUAUACCGUAAUUACUUUUCUUUAUAUUACAGUUAAAAUAAAUUAUAAAUGUUGUGCUGCACAGUAUGCUGUACACAGUAAGACAAAAUGGGAUUUCAAAGAUAAAAUGUUAAUGAAAUGUAAAUUUACAAAGUACAGUAAUUGUAAUGCUGUAGACUUUACACUGCAUUUUACAUUGAUGCAUAAACAUUUUGAGCUAGUGCAUUUAAUUUUUUAUAUAAUAAAAAUAUAAUUAGA